AUGCGACAGAAACUACGGCUCGACAGUCUAGCUCAGUUCGCGUUCGCUAUUAUCCGAGAGCCGUCGCACACGUCAGAUGACUUGCUCCGCGAUGCUCUGAGCCUCGAUUUGAAAUCGGAUUCGUACCUGGAGUUCAGUGGACGCUAUGCUGGGCGGACAACAAUUCCGAGCCACUUCUCGAAAGACAGCGGAUUGCCAUUACCGCUCCAGAAUCUUGACGUCAGGGUAUCUGAGUUUGUCCAUCAAGCUCUUGAUAGUUCGCCAAUACCGCUAGUCUACCUACCGUUGCUCGUGGAGGAUCCCAACCAAUCAUCUGCGUGGAGUUCAGGCCAGGAUUAUCGCAAGCUGGCAUACUCGCUCCUUGUACCAAAGACUUCAGUUGUUCACGAGUACCGACGGAAAGCGCAAGGCAUCUCUGUACAAGAGAUACCACCUCAUGUGGUGGAGGUCUCAAUUUCAGACAUGAUGGCACACAUCAGUGGUGUAUCGAAUUGGGCAGCUGAUAAGAAUGUCGGACCAGGACUUAUGUGGCCACUUUUUGCAUUGAGCAUUGUUCUUUUGGAUUCUAAAACCCCACCCUCGGUAACCGUUGUUUUACACAUACUCAAUGGCGACUUCGACAACUCAUGGGACUUUAUACACCUCACCGCUCGGUUGCAGGCUGUUCUAUAUUCGUUACGCAUGCUCAAACAAGUCCUUGCUGUGUACUUGGCCAUUCACGGGUUGAAUAAGCUACAAAUCGAUAAAGAUGUCCUUGAAUUGGCCAAACAUACAGCGACUCUACCGUCAAUAGCAGAUACAUUUGCGGUCCCUGGUCAGCCAAGGAAGUUGCUGGCAGAGCACGAACGCUUAAAGAACAUGGUAGAAGAGAUAUACACAGCCUCUGGCGUGGAUAUACCUACGGAGCACGUCUCGAACAAGAAGAAGAAGAAACAAUCAAGAGAGGUGGAGAGGAAGAAGAAAAAACAGGAGCAACGACAGCAAGCCAAGCCACAGACAUCGAAUGUAUUCGCUAUGCUUGAUGGAUAA